GGUUGCUCCUUCUCAUUCUCUUUUCCCGACGAGCUUCAUCCCGCAUCGGACGACGAAGCGACCCCGUUCUUUCCUUUGCUCACUCCCCUUUGUCCCUCAUUCAUUAGGACCUGGAGCCCCUUCCCUUGCGCUUGCAUCCUUCGUCUGAUCUCCUUCUUUUUCUUCGUUCGAUCAACCUUAUUUCCUUUAGCUCCUGCUCUCCCUCUCGACCAUCACCUCUCUUUCCUCGUUUCACUUUAUUACGACCUUGAUUCUUUUUCCUUCUUCUCACCUCAGCGCCCAGACUUUCAGCCGAGUCUCUGCAUUGCAUUGCCUGCUGGCAGGAUCACCACUUUCGCUCUCCAGUAUCCGAAUCACCAAACAAGCACAGCACAGCACACUCACUCGCAAACAAGCGACCCCUUCCACAUCAUGGGUGACUCCUACUCAGCCGGUUCUGGCGCUACGGUCGUCAACCGACCGACAAUAGAUACCAGCAACCUCAACAACGAGAAGCCUCAGUCCCCUAGCAUUGAUCCUUCACGCCUCCACAGCAUGGACGCCGACCCCAAGCGUCUCCAGAGCCUUGAGAUCCCUCUCGAGCACUCUCGCUCACCUCCAUCGCCCAACAUCGCUGUCAACCCAGCUCUCUUCCGCAAGCAGACCUCACUCGAUCUCGACGACUACUUUACCGGUCCUCGUGAUAUCCAAAAGCAUUCGAAAUGGCCACUCAUCAUGCAGAUGCAUGGCUCCAUUCUGCCUAAGCUGAUUGUGCCUCUGGUCAUUGUUGGUGGUUGGGCGACCGUCAUCACUGUCAUUUCCGAGCGGGUCCAUAAGCUGGGAAUUGACUCGGUUCUGCUUACUGUUCUGGGUUUCCUCGUCGGUCUGAGCUUGUCGUUCCGCUCUUCGACUGCGUACGAGCGAUAUGCAGAGGGUCGCCGUUACUGGGGCAUGCUUACCAUGGCCUCUCAGACGCUUGGCCGUGUCUUCUGGAUUCACGCUAAAGACCCCGAGGAUCAGGACCCUCGCGAGAUUACCCUCAAGAAGAUUGGUGCCAUGAACCUCAUUGUCGCCUUCGCCGUCUCUCUCAAGCACGCUCUGCGAUUCGAGCCUUACAGCGCCUAUCCGGAUCUUGAGCACCUCAUUGGUCACCUCAACACAUUUGCCAAGGAGGCCACGGCAUGCGACCCUGAUGCCAACUCCAUCAAGAAGAAGAACAUCUUCAAGUCGACCGGAGAAUACCUCGGUGUCUCUUUCGCCACGAGCAACCCUCGCAAGGCUCUUAAGAAAACCAGCCAGCCUCUUGGCAACCUCCCCCUCGAGAUUCUCAGCCAUCUUGCUGUCACCCUUGACAAGAUGAUUGCCAACGGACAGCUCGACGUUCCCAUGCAGCAGACAAUUGCCUACAACCACCUCACAAUGAUGAACGAUGUUCUGGUUGGCUGCGAGCGUGUCACCAACACUCCUCUCCCGAUUGCCUACACGAUUGCUAUCAGCCAGAUCACCUUUGUCUACGUCAUGCUACUCCCCUUCCAGCUCGUCAAGCCCCUCCACUGGGCCGCCAUUCCCGCUACCAUUGCCGCCGGCUACAUCAUCUUUGGUCUUCUCUUUAUCGGCCAGGAGAUUGAGAACCCCUUUGGACACGAUGUCAACGAUCUGCCUCUCGAAAUCUAUUGCGACCAGAUUGCUUCUGACUUGGAUAUCAUUGCGUCUCAUGAUAAGCGCGAGCCGGAUGCAUUCCUUCUCAGUCACCAGAACAUGCCUCUGUACCCUGUCAGCCUUGCUUCUGCCCGCACUUGGAUGAAGCGCAGCGAUGAGCAUCUCCGAAAUGCUAUCAAGGACAAGCCCAGGACCGUCUUUGAGUGGCGCAAGAAGAAGGCGACUGGCGAAUCGCUCAGCAACGAGAUGCGCGGCGAUGACAACGUCUAA